AUGGUAGACCCCGAUGUGUCUGGAAUUACCAAAAUGGAUACCAAUGAGAUCAAACAGAAUGACAUCCCCGACCAGCCCACGUUGGUCCGAUGGUACAUUGAUUCUGAUCAGGCAGCUGUCAAAAAGUACUAUCAAACAUCGGACAAGUGCCUGUCCUUGGCCUCCCAGCUGCUGAAAUAUUACUACAUUCACCAAGCCACUGGCACUCCCUGGAGCAAGAUUGAGAUCCAGCGUACCCCGAUGCCCGAAAAUCGACCAUUCUACGAUUCAAGUCUGGAUUUCAACGUCAGCCAUCAGGCUGGUCUCACUCUGUUCGCAGGCACGCGUGCCGCAACAGCCCACUCCUUAUUCGGUGGACCUCAAACAUUGCCUCGCGUGGGAAUUGACACACUUGCCGACCUUGCGUCUUUCGUGGAUGUCUUCAGUGACGUUCUCUCGCUCCGUGAGCUUGCGACCAUCAAGAACCCGUACACGACCCUAAAAUUGGCUCGUGAGCUUGGCCUGAAUAAAAGUGACCCGAGCAAAGACAACCAGGAAGUCCUUGCUGCCUACGGCAUUCGGCUGUUCUACUCGAUUUGGGCUCUCAAGGAGGCUUACUUGAAAAUGACCGGAGACGGCCUUCUGGCCUCUUGGAUAAAGGAUCUGGAAUUCACAAACGUUAUUCCCCCCGAACCAGUUCAAACAGUUGGAUUUGCUGGUCAUCCUUCUGUCACUCCCGUUGCGCCCUCGGUCCAAAAUUGGGGCCGGCCUUACUCCAAUGUCAAAAUCUCCUUGCGUGGCAUUCCCGACCAUUCUGUGCGCGUUCAGCUCAUCGGUUUCGAGUCCGACUACAUAGUUGCCACGGCCGCGUCGGGCCCCAAUAUUGGAUCCGUUCCGCGCCAGCUAGUCGUGAAUGACAGCGAUCACCACCUGCCCGGGUGUAUCACAGCCCUCGACUCUGAGAAUGGACUCCAGAACGUCGUCCGCAUUCCCCCACUCGCGCUUCGAUCAAUUGGCGAUGGGGACCCCUGGCGUGUGGGCUCGAAAAUCAGUGACCCCUGGCUACCCAUGCAGGAGGUCGAUAUUGAAAUCGAUAUCCGGCCCUGUGCCGAGGGCCGUUGCGAGCACCUGCGGGAUUUACCAAGCUUCUGA